AUGCACAGGCUUCGGGAUAACACACUGCGAGCGCAGGGUUUCUUCCAGCUCGCCGCACGCUGUUGUGCAUCUGUAGCUCGAAGGCUUAUUGUCUUCACACGUGUUCGUAUUGUAACCUGUUCAUUUGCUCCCCGUGCAGGUCCGUGGGGGAGAUGCAUGGGCAGCGACUGCGGUCCAGGAGGCAGCCAAAGCCGGGCAGUCUGGUGCGCCCACGUGGACGGCUGGACGACGCUACACACCAACUGCGACCAAGGCCAGCGUCCCUCCAACCAGAGGAACUGUUUCCGCGUGUGCGACUGGCACAAGGACCUUUACGACUGGAAACUGGGCGCCUGGAACGUGUGCGUGCCGGUUUCGGCGAGGACCUUGUGGGCCUCGCGGCCGUUCACAUGCAGCGGGGGCGAGGAGGGCAUUCAGACCCGGGAGGUGGGCUGCAUGCUCAAAGCGGACGCGUCUCCAGCAGAGGAUGCCAUCUGUGAGUACUUUGAGCCCAAGCCUCGCCUGGAGCAGGCCUGUUUGAUCCCUUGCCCUCAGGAUUGCGUGCUUUCCGAGUACUCGCCAUGGACGUCCUGCUCCAAAACGUGUGGGACGGGCCUCAGGAACAGGGUCCGUAGUGUCCUGGUUCCCCCGCUGUUUGGGGGCGCCGUUUGUCUCAACCUAACCGAGUUCCAGUCCUGUAAACCGGGGCCUUGCGCGGGUCCAGAGGGCAUGCACAGUCUCAGGGUCGGACCGUGGACCCCCUGCGCCCUCCCGCAGACUCGAACGGCACGCCAAGUGAAGCGCAGGAAAGGAAAAGGCCAGGGGCUCAGGGAGCGCGCCGGGGUCAAAGACCCAGAGACCAGAGAGCUCAUCCAGAAGAAGCGAACCAGGAACCGCCUCAACCGGCAGGAGAGUCCAUUCUGGGACAUCCAGGUGGGCUACCAGACACGGGACGUGACCUGCAUACACAGGAAUGGCAGCACGGUGGCACGCAACCUGUGCACGCUGAGGGACCUGCCGCUGACCGUCCAAUCCUGCGUCCUCCCCAAGGACUGCCGGGUGACCGACUGGGCCGAGUGGGGCCCCUGCUCCAAAACCUGCGUGGACCCCGUGUCGCCCGUGGGCCGCCGCGCCCGGAGCCGACAGGUGCUCCAGUUCCCCGUGGGCGAGGGGGCGGAGUGCGCCUCGCUGGAGGACUCUCAGUCGUGUGAACCUCAGGGGGAAGGCGUGCCGCCCUGCUCCACCUACACCUGGAGGAGCACGGAGUGGAGCGACUGCCGGGUGGACUCGUUGCUAGGCCAACAGGACCGUCGGCGUGGCAACCUGACCGGGCUUUGUGGGGGAGGCCUGCAGACCAGGGAGGUGUACUGCGUCCAGGCCAACGCCGAGCUUCUGAAAUACCUCGACGACCUCAGAGAAAAAGACAAAGCCUCCCGCCCGGUGGAAAACAAGCUGUGCGAGGGUUCGAUCCCCGACAGGUCCCAGCUCUGCCAGAUCUCGUGCCCCAUCGACUGCGAGGUGUCGCCGUGGGGCGCCUGGGGGCCGUGCACCUUCGAGAACUGUGACGACCAGGCUGGGAAGAAAGGUUUCAAACUGAGGAAACGUGGGAUCACCAACGAGCCGACGGGAGGGCCGGGGAACUGCCCCCACCUGGUGGAGGCGGUGCCGUGCGACGAGCCCGGCUGCUACGACUGGCGGCUGGUCGGCCUGGACGAGUGCGUCCCCGGCGACGGGAAGCCGUGCGGCCCCGGCGCUCAGCUCGCACGGGUCCAGUGCGUCAACGGCAACGGUGAGGAGGUGGACGGGGGUCUCUGCGCGUCGUCCCCGGCCCCGGAGCCCGUGCCCUGCGAGGUGCCUUGCUCACGGGACUGCGUGCUCAGCGACUGGACGCCCUGGUCCACCUGCUCUCAGACCUGCUCCAGCAAGACCGUCGAGGGGAAGCAGCUGAGGACGCGCUCCGUCCUGGCCUACAACGCCGGGGAAGGUGGCGCCCUGUGCCCAAACAGCAGUUCCCUCCAGGAGGUGCGGAACUGCAACGAGCACGCCUGUACGGUUUACCACUGGCAGACGGGGCCUUGGGGCCCUUGUACCGAGGACCCCUCGGCCUCGACCCUCAACACCUCCGUGGGGGUCCGAGCCGGCGGCGGUCAGGGUCCCUGCUCCACGGGGAUGCAGACUCGCAAGGUCAUCUGCGUCCGGGUCAACGUGGGACAGGUGCCCCCCAAGAAGUGUCCAGACGGGCCUCGCCCCAGCACGGUGCGGCCGUGCGAGCUGCCCUGCAAGAAGGACUGCAUCGUGACCCCCUUCAGCGACUGGACCUCGUGCCCGGUCACCUGUGACGCAGCUGGCAACGCUGGCAAGAGAAAGCAAUCAAGGAAACGUCUGAUCAUCCAGCUGCCGUCCAACGGAGGACAGGACUGUCCAGAGCUGCUGGAGGAGGAGACGGACUGCGAGGCCCCCAAAGUCUGUCCGGGGUUCAGGUGGAAAACCCACAAGUGGAGGAAGUGCCAGCUGGUGCCGUGGUUUCUCCGACAGGGCCGCCCCGGUGCUCAGGAGACCUGCGGACCGGGACUCCAAACCAGAGCUGUGUCCUGUCGCCAGCUGGACGGCACGCAGGCCGACAUCGGCGAGUGUCUCAAGUUCGCCAAGGCCAUGGCGGCCAUCACUCAGCGCUGUCAGCUGCCCUGCCAGGACGACUGCCAGCUGACCAACUGGUCCAAGUUCUCGUCCUGCACGGCGGACUGCGUUGGGGUCCGCACCAGGAAGAGGGCGUUGAUCGGGAGGAGCAAGAAGAAAGACAAGUGCAAGAACACGCAAAUGUACCCCUUGAGCGAGACCCAGUACUGCCCCUGCGACAAGUACAACGCCCAGCCGGUGGGGAACUGGUCGGACUGCAUCCUGCCCGAGGGAGGCCGAGUGGAGAGCCUCCUGGGGAUGAAGGUCCAGGGAGACAUCAAGGAGUGUGGACAGGGCUACCGCUACCAGGCCAUGGUGUGCUACGACCAGGACAACAGGCUGGUGGAGACCUCGCGCUGCAACAGUCACGGUUACAUCGAGGAGGCGUGCAUCAUCCCCUGCCCCUCGGACUGUAAGCUCAGCGAAUGGUCCAACUGGUCACGCUGCAGCAAGUCCUGCGGCAGCGGGGUCAAAGUUCGCUCCAAGUGGCUCCGGGAGAAACCUUACAACGGGGGCCGGCCGUGCCCCAAACUGGACCACAUCAACCAGGCCCAGGUGUACGAGGUGGUGCCGUGUCAGAGCAACUGCAACCAGUACGUGUGGGUGGCCGAGCCGUGGAGCGUGUGGAAGGUCAGCAACGUGGACUUGAAGGAGAACUGCGGCGAAGGGGUCCAGACGCGGAAAGUCAGGUGCAUGCUCAACACCGUGGACGGGCCGUCGGAGUCGGUGGAGGACUACCUGUGCGACCCCGAGGAGAUGCCCCUGGGGGCCAGGGAGAGCCGGCUGCCCUGCCCCGAGGACUGCGUCCUCAACGACUGGGGCCCCUGGAGCCGCUGCAGCCUGCCGUGCACCAGGACCAACAGUCGGGCGAGGGAGGCGUACCCCCUCCGGUCGCCCAGCGUGGGGAGGGAGUGUCCCGACACGACGGACAAGGAGCCCUGCGGCCUGAACCUCAACUGCUUCAACUACUUCUACAACGUCACAGACUGGAGCACGUGCCAGCUGAGUGCCAACGCCGUGUGCGGCGGCGGCAUCAAGACCCGGAUGCUCGACUGCGUUCGCAGCGACGGCAAAUCGGUCAAUAUCAAGUUCUGUGAGGAGCUGAAUUUGGAGAAGAAGUGGCAGAUGAACGUCUCCUGCGUGGUCGAGUGUCCCGUCAACUGUCAGAUGUCGGAGUGGUCGCCGUGGUCGGACUGUUCGCAGACGUGCGGACUGGACGGUAAGAUGUGGCGGCGGCGCGCGGUGGUCCGGGCCUCUCAGGGCGACGGCCGGCCCUGCCCUCCUCAGACGGAGCAGUGGAGGCCCUGCCCCGUCCGGCCCUGCUACCGCUGGCAGUACAGCGACUGGUCCGAGUGCCGGGUGGAGAGCGUGGUGUGCGGACACGGCACGCGCUACAGAAACCUGUCCUGCUUCGUGUCGGACGGCUCCGGCUCCGGCUCCGGCUCCGGCUCCGGCUCCGGCAGCUCGGUGGACGAGGAGCUGUGCGGCGGCCUGGAGCUGGUCAUCGACGGGGACAAGCAGAUCAACCUGAAGGAGGCCUGCACCCUCCCCUGUCCAGGCGAGUGCUACCUGAUGGAGUGGUCGGACUGGAGCUCGUGCGUCAGCAUCUGCGUGAAGGGCGCCGGCGUGGACUUUGGCUCGGUUCGGGUCCGCUCGCGGGCCGUCCUGGCCCAGGAGCCCGAAAACCUGCAGCUGUGUCCCGACCAGGCGUGGGAGUCUCAGCCCUGCACAGGGGGCGAAUGUUACGAGUACAAGUGGAUCAGCGGCGGGCGCCAGAACUCCAGCCGGUCCUCAGUGUGGUGUCAGCGCUCCGAUGGACUCAACGUCACAGGGGGCUGUCCUCCUCUGAACCCUCCGGUGGACAACAGCUCCUGUGAGCCUCCCUGCCUCAUGCCCAGGUCCUUCUGCAGCGAGGCCGGUAUAUGCAUGUGCGAGGAGGGCUUCACAGAGGUGCUGUCGCCCACCGGGCAGCUGGACCAGUGCGCCCCCAUCCCGGUCCUGGAGAUCCCCACGGCGGGGGACAAGAAAGGGGAUGUGAAGACCAGUCGUGCCAUUAACCCCACCCUGCCCACCACCAUCCAGCCCGGACGCACCGGGCGGACCUGGUACCUGCAGCCUUACGGACCAGAUGGGAAGCUGAAGAUGUGGGUGUAUGGUGUAGCAGCCGGAGCCUUUGUGCUCCUCAUAUUCAUAGUGUCUAUGAUAUACCUAGCUUGCAAGAAGCCAAAGAGACCUCAGAGACAGAGGCAACAGAACAACCGACUAAAACCUCUGACUCUCGCCUACGACGGGGACACUGACAUGUAG